GGCUCUCUCUCUUCACUCGUUUCUCACAUACCAUGGCCUACAAUCCAUACAAAGGCGACUGGUCAUCACGCAAAGUCCGUCAAACAUUCUUUGAUUACUUCAAAGAACGCGGUCACACGUACGUUCAAAGCUCGUCAACAAUCCCUUAUGAGGACCCAACACUUUUAUUUGCCAAUGCUGGCAUGAACCAGUUUAAAGCCAUCUUCUUGGGUACGGUUGAUCCGAACUCGGAAAUGGCAAAAUGGAAACGUGUUUUCAAUUCUCAAAAGUGUAUUAGAGCUGGUGGGAAGCAUAAUGACCUUGAUGACGUGGGCAAAGACUCAUACCAUCAUACUUUCUUCGAGAUGCUUGGAAACUGGUCAUUCGGUGAUUACUUCAAGAAAGACGCUAUUACUUUCUCAUGGCAACUCCUAACCGAAGUGUACGGACUACCAAAAGACCGUUUGUACGUCACGUACUUUGAAGGUGACCCAAAGAACGGCCUUGAACCAGAUGACGAAGCGCGAGAAUACUGGAAAGCACAAGGUCUCCCAGACUCACAUAUUCUAACCGGAAAUGCGAAAGACAACUUCUGGGAAAUGGGAGCAACCGGUCCCUGUGGUCCCUGCAGCGAAAUACACUACGACCGAAUCGGCGGACGAAACGCCGCACACCUCGUAAACCAAGACGAUCCAAACGUGCUCGAGAUCUGGAACAACGUCUUCAUCCAAUUCAAUCGAGAAUCCGACGGCUCACUUCGUCCUCUCCCAGCGAAACACGUCGACACAGGAAUGGGCUUUGAGCGUCUAGUCUCUGUCAUCCAAGACCGUUCGUCGAAUUACGACACGGACAUUUUUGAACCUCUUUUCAAACGCAUACACGAGCUUACUGGUGUAAGACCGUAUGAAGGGAGAUUUGGGAAAGAUGAUGAGGAUGGAGUAGAUAUGGCAUAUCGUGUUGUCGCCGACCACGUUCGAACUCUCUCAUUUGCGCUUGCAGAUGGUGGAGUACCGAAUAACGUUGGGCGCGGGUACGUCCUAAGACGGAUCUUACGACGAGGUGCACGGUACGCACGUAAGAAACUCGGUGUCCAAAUCGGCUCGUUCUUCUCGUCGCUCGUACCAACCGUCGUCGAGCAACUCGGCGACGUCUUCCCAGAACUGCACAAACGAACAGACGAGAUCAAGGAGAUCCUCGACGAAGAGGAGGAAUCGUUCGCUCGAACGUUAGAUCGUGGAGAGAAGUUAUUCGAGCAAUACGCUUCAAAGGCUUUACAAUCACCUUCUAAAACUCUCAACGGUGAAGACGUAUGGCGAUUAUACGAUACGUUCGGUUUUCCUGUGGACUUAACAUUGUUGAUGGCGGAAGAACUCGGUCUUGGGAUUGAUCAAGAAGGCUUCGACAAGGCACAGGCGAAGAGUAAGGAAGCGAGUAAGGGAGGAGUGAAGAAGGGUGAUAAAGACCUCGUCAAGCUUGACGUACACGAUAUCGCUUCACUCGACAAGAACGAUACCGUGCCAAAAACGAACGACGAUGCGAAAUUCAACCUCGGGAAUAUCACUGCGACAGUAAAAGCGAUCUACCAUGACAAAUCCUUCGUCAAUCAUACCGGCGCUAUAUCGGAGGAUACGACGUUUGGGAUUAUUUUGGACAAGACUAACUUUUAUGCUGAGGCGGGUGGACAGGAGUACGAUACAGGAAGUAUCACAAUUGAUGGUGUUGCUGAAUUCGAAGUGACAAACGUCCAAUCAUACUCUGGUUACGUCCUACACACGGGAAUCUUGAAGUACGGCCGUCUAUCAGUCGGUGAUGAAGUGAUAGCUACAUACGACGAGCUCCGACGAUGGCCAUUACGAAACAACCACACCGCAACACACAUCCUCAAUUUCAGCCUCCGAGAAGUCUUAGGCGACCACAUAGACCAAAAAGGCUCACUCGUCGCACCAACCAAGCUCCGCUUCGACUUUUCUCACAAAUCCCAAAUCUCACCAACCGAAUUACAGAAAAUCGAAGACAUGAGCAUAGACUGGAUUAAGCGAGACGUGAAAGUAUUCAGCAAGGAAUUGGAUUUGAAAAGCGGGUAUAAGAUUCCUGGGUUGAGAGCUGUUUUCGGGGAGGCGUACCCUGAUCCUGUGAGGGUUGUGACGUUGGAGUACGACGUCGAGGAGAUUGCGAAGGAUUUGGAGAACUCCAAGUGGAGAAAGACGAGUAUCGAGUUUUGUGGUGGGACACAUGUUGCGAAGACAGGAGACAUCAAAGGCUUCGUCAUCGUCGAAGAAUCAGGUAUCGCAAAGGGUAUACGACGAGUCACCGCCGUUACAGGACACGAAGCCGCAGACGUAACGCGACAAGCGAAGACCUUCACUGCGACGCUCGAUAAGAUCGAGAAAGCCUCCGGCAAGGAGAAAGAUGUGAUGUUAAAGACGUUCCAAGUUGAACUCGGUCAAGCAGAUAUCUCCGUACUGAAGAAAAACGAACUACGAGAUCGACUCGCUGCAAUACGCAAGGCGUUCGAUAAGCAGACGAAGGAGCGAGAGCAGGCUUUGCAAAAGGCUGAAAUCGAGAAGUUGACAGAGUUCUUCAAAGCGAACCCCAACGCAAACGCCUACUUUGCGAUACUUGAUGUAGAGGGCAACGCCAAGAUUAUCGGAUCCGUCAUAACCCAAGCCCGCAAACUUUCCAAAGCGGCCUACCUCUUCAGCAUCGACACAGAGAACAACAAAGUGACGCAUGCAAACCACGUCCCUGAAGCGUUCCGACGCGGGGAAGACUUCAAUGCGAAGACGUGGUCCGCUGGUGUGGUGGAGGUAAUCGGUGGGAAGGCUGGAGGCAAAGACGAAGGCUGCCAGGGCGUCGGCGUGAAUACCAAUAAAGUCCAGGAAGCUCUUGACGUUGCAAAGCAGCUAUUUUCGAAAGUCGGUUAGCUACCUCUGAAGCUAUCCUGACAUCCAGACAUCGAGGUAUUCAGGCCUGGUGCAACGAAGUAGUAGAUGGCAAGGGGUUCCUUAGAUUCUACAUCAUAGGAAUGGGGCCAUUCCGUGCACUGAUGUGAAGAAGCAGUAUACAUAAGAUACAUCCUGUUUUACUAGAUCUUAUUCAAUUCAUUAGCUAGUAAAAUCUUACAAUCAAC